AUGUCCCACGGGACCUACUACGAGUGCGAGCCCCGGGGCGGCCAGCAGCCACUUGAGUUCCCGGGGAGCCGAGCGGGGCCCGGGGAGCUGGGGGACAUGUGUGAACAUGAGGCCUCCAUCGACCUCUCUGCCUACAUUGAGCCCGGGGAGGAGCAGCUGCUCUCCGAUCUCUUUGCCAUGAAGCCGGCACCUGAGGCCCGGGGCCUUAAGGGACCGGGAAGCCCUGCCUUCCCCCACUACCUGCCGCCCGACCCGAGGCCCUUCGCCUACCCCCCACAUACCUUCGGCCCAGACAGGAAGGCGCUGGGACCUGGCAUCUACAGCAGCCCAGGGAGCUACGACCCCAGGGCUGUGGCUGUGAAGGAGGAGCCCCGGGGGCCAGAGGGCAGCCGAGGUGGCAGCCGGGGCGGCUACAAUCCCCUGCAGUACCAGGUGGCACACUGCGGGCAGACGGCCGUGCACCUGCCCCCGACCCUGGCAGCACCAGGCCAGCCCCUGCGCGUCCUCAAGGCCCCCUUGGCCACCACCGUGCCCCCCUGCAGCCCCCUCCUCAAGGCGCCCUCCCCGGCUGGCCCCUCGCACAAGGGCAAGAAGGCAGUGAACAAGGACAGCCUGGAGUACCGGCUGCGGCGGGAGCGCAACAACAUCGCCGUGCGCAAGAGCAGGGACAAGGCCAAGCGGCGCAUCCUGGAGACACAGCAGAAAGUGCUGGAGUACAUGGCGGAGAACGAGCGGCUGCGCAGCCGCGUGGAGCAGCUCACGCAGGAGCUGGACACCCUGCGCAACCUCUUCCGCCAAAUCCCCGAGGCUGCCAACCUCAUCAAGGGCGUCGGAGGCUGCAGCUGA